AUGAAUAUUGAAGAGUGUGUUCAACACUUAAAAGAGCGUUUCGAUCACCUAGAUUUAAAAGAGAUUGAAGAAAAAACAAAGCUGUAUUUAAUAAACAAGAAUCAAGCAUGUUCCUUACAGGAAGAAAAUUUACAAAUAAACGAAAAAACGUUAAAGGAAUUAAUUCAUAUUUUAUCAAAAGAGUUGGAGAGAAAAAAAAAAGAUCAUUUAAAAUCUCUUUCAGAAAAUAUGCCCAAGAAAAAUAUUUCAUAUAACUAUGAAAAAGAUGAAAAGCAGAAGCAUCAUUCUUUUAGAGAAGAUGUAAAAAGUUUAAAUGAACCUGUAGAAGUGAAAAAAAAUAGCUCUACAAAUUUAACAAAUGAUCGAUCGCAUAGCAGUAACGCAUCACAAACAAAAAUUCAGAAAUGCAAUAAAAUUGAACCCACUUUGAAGGAAGAAACUUUUGCAAAUGAUCCCACCCCUUCGAAUAUAUCCUCCAACAUAAAAAUUCUUGAUUCUGAUGAAAAAGAUAGCAGUAGCAAAUUUCACCAAUCAGGAGAAAGUUUUGAUCAAAGUUACAAUGAGCUUCCAUGCAAGGCAGAUGAAAAAAAGGAGAAUAAAAAAUCCUUGAGAACUAAUAUGAAUACUCGAAAAAUGGGAUCAAAAUGUGGUUCAGAUGUUAAUGUUGUACGGGUUAAAAAACAAACACACAAUCGAGAACAGCGAAGGGGAGCUAGUAUGGUGGAAAAUGAUAAGGCAAACGAGGUCGUAAAAAAUGAACCAGGUGUGGUGGAAAAUGGUGAGACAGUCGAAGCUGGAAAUAAUGAAACAAGCAAAAUUAGAAAUAAUGAAACAAGCAAAAUUAGAAAUAAUGAAACAAGCGAAAUUAGAAAUAAUGAAACAAACAAAGUGUCAAAUAAUAAGGCAAAUGAUAUCCCAAAUAAUAAGGCAGAGACCAUCCCAAAUAAUAAGGCAAAUGAUAUCCCAAAUAAUAAGGCAGAGGAUAUCCCAAAUAAUAAGGCAAAUGAUAUCCCAAAUAGUAAACCGCACGAAAUCCAAAAUGAUAAGCCAAAGGAGAUGGACAAGAGAGAAGACAUCUCAGCCAAAGAAACGAAUAAAAGGGAAUGCACUGAAAUGUACGUAGAGGAAAAGAAAGAAGGCGUAAUAGAAAUGGACUUAGGUGUACUCAUAGGAGCAGGAAAUAACUCAACUGAAAAAGCAAAUGCGACUGAGAAGCAGACAUCAACAAUGUUUGAAGUACUCUUUCGAAAAUCACUACUAGAAAACGAUAAUAUAAAGAGAAACAUUUCAUCUAAGAACUUUUACAUAAUAGGAGAGGAUAUGUUAGUCAAUAUUACAAUUAUACUGGAUAGAAUUAUAUCUGAACUAAUAAAUCAUUAUAGGAAUAAACAAUUUGAUGCAACUGAUCAAGAAGAACAUUUUGAAAAUUUUUUUAAAGUAUUGUACAAGUUGUUAAGUAAUAUAAGUUAUAAUUCAAAAGAAGAAAAAUAUAAAAUUAUAAAAUUUAGUAAUCAUCAAAUAAAAACAUCUUUCUCAACAAAUUAUGAAAUUUUUAAUUUAAUAAAAUUGUUGUUUGAGAUACUAAAUUUUAACACAAGCUAUUGUGAUAGCAAGGUUAUUAUGGAAUAUGAAGGCACAAAUUCAAUUCCUAAUGAAAUAAUUGAAAAUAUGGUGUGGAAAUUUGAAAAUAUAUUUAGUGACAAAGAAUCUAUACUGUUUGAAUUCGUUCUGUCAUGUGUAAAUAUAAUUAUGAAUAUGACAAAUAAAAAAGUUCCGCGAAUUCGAAUGAGCAAUGAAAAAAUGGUAUCAUCUGAUUAUAAAACAGAACAACAAACAAUACCAGAAAAUGAAAUUUCGAAAAAAUAUUUUGAAGAUCCCAAAAAAUGUCUAGAAAAACUAUCAAAUAAUAUUUCCCCCAUCAACAAUAAAAUUCUCGUUAUCCAUGAAAAAAAUAAACAAGAGAAACAAGCUUUAAGUGAUAUUCGAAAAUUACAUAAUGAGAAAUAUGCUGUUCACAAAAAUUAUGCAAACGGUAAUCUUCAGAGUGAAAAACUUCCCAACUCUACCUCCAAUCGUAAAAAUAAUGCAUAUGGAAAGUCAUACGAUUUAAGUGCAAAAAACAAAGGCCAUUCCACCGGUAGCCCUUUUGCUAAUGACAAUGAAUUAGGCGAAAAAAAUAGUCUAAAAAAGGGGACCAAAAGGAUAAAGCAUUUUUUUAAAAAUUUAUUUAAAAAAGGGUAA